AUGGCCUUGACGUGUUCAAGCGAAAGGAAGAGCCGCACGUCUCUCACUUUAAAUCAAAAGCUAGAAAUGAUUAAACUGAGCGAGGAAGGCAUGUCCAAAGCCGAGAUCGGCCGAAAGCUGGGCCUCUUGCGACAGACGGUUAGCCAGGUUGUGAACGCCAAGGAAAAGUUCUUGAAGGAGAUGCAGAGCGCCACUCCCAUGAACACGCGGGUGAUAAGGAAGCAAAACAGCCUGAUUGCUGACAUGGAGAAAGUGCUGGUGGUCUGGAUCAGAGAUCAGACCAGCCACAACAUUCCCCUAAGCCAGAGCCUCAUCCAGGCCAAGGCCUUGAUGCUUUUCAAUUCUAUGAAGGCCGAGCGAGGUGAGGGAGCGGCAGAGGAAAAGUUCGAGGCCAGCAGAGGUUGGUUCAUGAGGUUUAAGGAGCGAUGCCAUUUCUGUAAAGUGCGAGGCGAGGCAGCAGGCGCCGACGCAGAAGCUGCGACGAGUUACCCGGACGAUCUAGCCAGAAUAAUUCACGAGGGCGGCUACACCGCACAACAGAUUUUCAGCGUUGACGAAACAGCCUUGUAUUGGAAGAAGAUGCCCUCUAGAACUUUCCUAGCCAGAGAGGAGAAGGCUUCCAGCCCUGGCUUCCAGCCCUCCAAGGACAGGCUGACUCUCUUGCUAGGGGCUAAUGCAGCCGGCGACUUGAAGUUGAAGCCAAUGCUCGUCUAUCACUCCGAAAACCCCGCCGCCCUCAAGAAUUACGCUAAAGCCACUCUGCCUGUGCUCUACAGAUGGCACGCCAGAGCCCGGAUGACGGCGCAUCUGUUCACCUCCUGGUUCAGCGAAUAUUUCAAGCCCGCCGUGGAGACCUACUGCUCAGAAAAGAAGAUCCCUUUCAAAAUACUGCUGCUCGUGGACAACACCCCCGUUCACCCAGGAGCCCUGAAGGAGCUGUACAGUGAGAUCGAUGUCGUUUUCAUACCUGCUGACACGGCGUCCGCCCUGCAGCCCACGGGUCAAGGAGUAACGUCGACUUUCAAGUCCUACUACUUAAGAAAUAUAUUCCGCAAGGCUGUCGCUGCCGCAGACAGCGGCUCCUCCGACGGAUCGGGGCAGAGUCAACUGAAAACCUUCUGGAAGGGAUUCAGCAUCCUCGAUGCCAUCAAGAACAUCCGCGAUUCGUGGGAUGAGGUCAGAGCCUCCACCAUCACGGGAGUCUGGAAGACGUUGAUCCCAACCCUCGCGGAUGGAUUUGGGGGGUCCCGGGCUUCGUCGGAGGAAGUGACCGCAGAGGCGGUGGAACUAGCGCGAGAACUGGGGUUAGAAGUGGGGCCCGAGGAUGUGACCGAAUGGCUGCAGUCUCACGCUCGGUCUCUGACGGACGAGGAGCUGCUGCUGGUGGAUGAGCAGAGAAAGCGGUUUCUGGAGAUGGAGGCCGCUCCCGGCGAAGAGGACGCGACGAUCGUUGACAUGACAACAAGGGACUUGGAAUACUACGUCAACUUGGUGGACGAGGCAGCCGCAGGGUUGGAGAGGAUCGACCCCAACUUCGAAAGAAGUUACACCGCGGGCAGAAUGCUCUCCAACAGCGUCGCGUGCUACAGAAAAAUCCUCCACGGAAGGAAGAGUCAGUCGGCGAGGCAGAGGUCAUUGCUGUCUUAUUUUAAGAAGUUCCCCCAGCCGCCCCAGCCUUCAGCCACCACCCCCCUGCUCAGCGAGCAGCUAUUAACACCGAAGCAAGAAUCUCCACCAGCAAAAAGAUUACGGCUCCCUGAAGACUCCGAUGAUGAACCUGAGAAAGCAAAACCUGGACUCGUAGUUCUGUGAGCCUUUCCUCCUUUGCCAGCAAGGAAUUAGAGAACCAGAGCGUGUAAGUGACACCGUUGUGUUGUUCCAAAUUCCAAACAGUUAAAAACUCACAACUUUAGAGGCAGUUCUUUUCUGGGUCUUUGUGAACCGUGACCCUCUUACAAAUUUAGGAAUUUGGUUCCUUUAACUGUAGUGCAGAAUAUGCAUUCUGGAACCUACCCUGACUCCCACUUCAUUUUUUUUUUUUAAUUGAUUUCCAAGAGGAAGGGAGAGAGAGAAAUAUCAAUGAGAGAGGCUCAUUGACCUGCUGCCUCCUGCAUGCUCCCUGCUAGGGACCUUGCCUGCAACUAGGGAAUGUGCUCUUGACUGGAAUCAAACCUCGGACCCUUCAGUUUGCACGCCAGCACUCUAUCCACUGAACCAAACCAGCUAG